AUGUCUACCGCAAAUGCUGCUAAGAAUAUGUUCUACAAGAUAACUCAGACGAGGUCAACCAUUGGAUGUCAUCCAAGAAUCCGUAAAAAUAUUGAAGCCUUGGGCUUAAAGAGGAUAAACCAAAUUAUUUAUCAAAAAGUAUCACCCUCUACUGCUCAUAGAAUUAGCGCUGUCAAAGAAUUAGUCAAAAUAGAAUUAGUCGACAAACCCAAGACAAAAGAAGAGUUGGCGGCUGAGAGAAAAUUCAACCCUGGAUUUGAAAUUAUAAAAGGUGACAUGCUUAAUAAAGUAUACCAAUAA